GGAGGAGGAGGCGGAGGAGGAGCAGCAGGAGGAGGAAGAUGAAAUGAACACAACUAUGGGAAGACAGGAGCAUGACGAGAGGAACACAAAACAGAGAGAAUAUGGGCAGGAGGAGGAGGAGGAGAAGGAGAAGGAGCAGGAGGAGGAAGAUGAAAUGAACACAACUAUGGGAAGACAGGAGCAUGACGAGAGGAACACAAAACAGAUAGAAGAUGGCCAGGAGCAGGAGGAGAAGCAGCAGCAGGAGGAGGAGGAAGAUCGAAUGAAUACAGCUAUGGAAAGACAGGAGCAUGAGGAGACCGACACAACACAGAGAGAAGAUGGCAAGGAGGAGGAGGAGGAGGAGGAGCAGCAGGAGGAGGAGGAAGAUGAAAUGAACACAACUAUGGGAAGACAGGAGCAUGACGAGAGGAACACAAAACGGAUAGAAUAUGGCCAGAAGGAGGAGGAGGAGGAAGAUGAAAUGAACACAACUUUGGGAAGACACGAGCAUGCCGAGAGGAACACAAAACAGAUAGAAGAUGGCCAGGAGCAGGAGGAGGAGGAAGAUCAAAUGAAUACAGCUAUGGAAAAACAGGAGCAUGACGAGACCGACACAACACAGAGAGAAGAUGGCAAGGAGGAGGAGGAGGAGGAGGAGGAAGAGGAAGAGUAAGAGAAAGAUAGCGCCAUGAUGGAGGAGGAGGAAGAGAAAGCAAUGAUGGAGAAGGAGGAAGAGAAUGCAAGGAUGGACAAGGAGGAAAAGAUUGAGUGUAUGUUAGAAAAGGAUAUGACAGGGCAGAUCAAAGAGGCAGAAAGAAUGAAAGUGACAUUCCCAA